AUGGCGGAGUGGAGGCGGUAUGCCGCCAUUCAGAAGGCUAAGAGAAAAGGCAAGAAAACAGGAGAGGAAAGCACUGUGGCGGAAGAAAUAGUAGUGCAGAGAAUGAGUGCGGAUGUAUCAGGCAAACAGCAGAAAUACACUAGGAUAGGGCCCCAGGAAUACGUGCCUUUUGAGCACGAAAAGAUAACGAUUGCGAACAUCAAAGACGCCUGCAAGAAGCACUUCAGGCCUCAGAUCGAAAAAAAUCUUAUCUGUGACGUACUGGCUGGAGAGCGUGGGCCAUCUUGCGAAAAGAUGGCCCAUAUUCCAAACCGAAAAGUGUUCUAUAUACGGUUUAUAAAACGCGAAAGAGUGGAGGUCGUUUCCGAUGAGGAUGGAUCGUUGGAAUGCAAGGUAAUAGCACAAUAAACCCGUAAUAAUCAAAAUGAAUCACGAGUUUUAUUUGCACUUUGGAUUUGGAUUAUUAACUCAAGACCUUUCUUCUAGGAAUUCUGAUAAGGACAUUUUAGGUAGUUGAGGUUUUAGUCACAGUAAAAUAAUCUUCGCGGAAGCGUUUUGUUUACUCACCGGUUUACUCGUGGUGUAUAGAAAUAUCCGUGGGGAGUGUCUUUUUGCAAAGCCACUGUUUGUAUUAAAGUUUAGAAAACGUUUUAAUUGCAAAAUUAAACCAAAUCUGCAUCCAGCUGUUGCUUCCAGCACAUUAGAUUAUUGGUACUAUUUGAUACUAUGAAGUCCCAGGAGGAUUGAAAUUUCCAGGAUAGAAUUAGGAAACUUUUGUUCCCUGAUUCAUAACAAUCUAUAGUUUUCUACAUUCCACUACAAGGUUACAAAUCAGCACUCUUAAACUCAUUAAUAAUUCGUAAGGUCGCAGGGGCGGAUCCAGGAUUUUCCUUAGGAGGGGAUACACCAAUAAGAAAUGGCGUAACUGACUGGUGAUGUAAAGAAAUUUUAAAAGCGAAUAUGAAGAGGCUUCAUCUCAGGGGAUUGGGGGAGGGGGUGUUCACCCCCUGCACCCUCCCCCUAGAUCUGCCCCUGGGUCAGCAGUCAAUAAGAUUUAUUUAGGUGAGGUGGACGGAUCUUGAUACCCAAUACCAAUAGUUAAUACUAAUUAUUUUUCAAAAGUGAGCACUUGGUCCUCAGCCUUGUGCUUUCAUCAGUUUCUCUGUGUUUGUCUGGAACCCCUGAUUAAAUACUCACCCCCCAUUGUCGAUAAUUAUGGAACUUAAAAGUCUGGCAAAAUGUUAUAUCAAUUUUUGUUUUAUCAAUGUUCAAGAUAGCAGUUUAACAUGGUUGCAAGUUCUUCCUUUUGUUCAAUAUUUUUUGUCUUGGUCCACAGGAAAAGAUAGCAAGAUAUGAAGUUCCACAGAAAAGGCCUGCCUCCCAUCCAAGCCCAGUGAAGCCUUCACCUGCAACGAGUAAAUUUUACCCAAAGAGCCUUUCUAUCAAGGACAUACAAGCUUGAAGGGUAGUUGAUAACAAAGCCAAGAAAAUCCUGAUCUACAAAUUUGACUUUGCUCACAUGGAAUGGUCAUCAGUGCCACUCCAAGCUGAAUUUGUCAUAGAAAAGAAAGAUUUUGUAGCUGGAGGUUUCCGAAAGGCAUUUAAAGCUACAAGGAUUACAGAAGGCUUUAAUAAAGGAACAUGGGUUGUUAAGAGUUAUCUGGAGAGUGCUGUUCAACUGAUUAAAGAUACAGGACAGACCACAGAAGAACAUACUAGAAAGUCAGUACAGAUGCAAUAUCUAGCAAGAAACUUUGCAUCGCAGCUGAAGGAAACAAUUGCAAAGGACAAGCUUGACGAAUAUGGAGAUUCGUUUGAAUACAAGUCUGUGUACAUGGGGAAAACAGAGGACGGGGAGCUGUUAACAGUUGAGGAGUUCAUCCCUGGAGACUUUGCAAAGUUUAUAAACAACAAUGGAAUUGCCUGUGAAGAAGAUACCAUGCUAUGUAAGAAGGCACAGGCGUUUUCUCAUUUUACGUAUGAGAAAUCAGAAGGCAAAGUUAUGGUUUUAGACAUCCAAGGGUCAGGAUAUACCUUGUACGAUCCUGAAAUAGCCUCAGCUGAGAUACACAAUGAGGAUGGGGGUUAUCAGUUCUGUACUGGCAACUUGGCUGGAAGAGCAAUUGAGUCAUUUUUUGAGGUUCAUCAGUGCAACUCCGACUGCAAGCUUCUAAAGCUGAAACUUAGACCAAGUUAG